CUGGAAAACAGCAGAUGCUGCAGAUACCAUUGAAGAUGAAGAUGUGUUCAGUGAAGCUGCUGGACUGCAGGAACCUGAUGAAGAUGAGAGGAGAAUCCACAGCAGUGAAACAACAGAGCGAUGAUGAUUUUAUUCCUUUUGACCCGAUGAAGGUGAGCGGGGAAAUUCAAGAGCUGAAUGAAGUGGAUGAGAAAUUUCAGAAAGUUCAUAUUUUCAAAACUGGAGAAAAUUAUUUGAGUUGUUCAAAGACUAAAAAGAAUUGCCCAUCAAAAAGUCUCAAAGAACUGCCAAAAAUACUUUCACCUGCUCUCAGUGUGGAAAACAUUUUACAUAUAAAAUUCAUCUUAAAACACACAUGAGAGUUCACACAGGAGAGAGACCUUACAAGUGUUCACACUGUGGAAAGAGUUUGACUCGAUUACACGACCUGAAAAGACAUGAGAGAAUUCACACUGGAGAGAAACCUUACAAGUGCUCACACUGUGGAAAGAGUUUCACUCAUUCACAACACCUGAAAACACACGAGAGAUUUCACACUGGAGAAAAACCUUACAAGUGCUCACACUGUGGAAAGAGUUGCACUCAGUCACAUGACCUGAAAAUACAUGAGAGAAUUCACACUGGAGAAAAACCUUACAAGUGUUCACACUGUGGAAAGAGUUUUACUCGAUUAUACGACCUGAAAAGACAUGAGAGAAUUCACACUGGAGAGAAACCUUACAAGUGCUCACACUGUGGAAAGAGUUUCACUCAUUCACAACACCUGAAAACACACGAGAGAUUUCACACUGGAGAAAAACCUUACAAGUGCUCACACUGUGGAAAGAGUUUCACUCGAUCAGAUGUCCUGAAAAUACACGAGAGAUUUCACACUGGAGAAAAACCUUACAAUUGCUCACACUGUGGAAAGAGUUUCGUUCAGUCACAGAACCUGAAAAUACACGAGAUAAUUCACACUAGAGAAAAACCUUACAAGUGUUCACACUGUGAAAAGAGUUUCACUAAGUCACAUGACCUGAAAAUUCACGAGAUAAUUCACACUGGAGAAAAUCCUUACAAGUGCUCACACUGUGGAAAGAGUUUCACUCAAUCACAACACCUGAAAAGACAUGAGAGAAUUCACACUGGAGAGAAACCUUACAAGUGCUCACACUGUGGAAAGAGUUUCACUCAAUCACAUCACCUGAAAAUACACGAGAGAAUUCACACUGGAGAAAAACCUUACAAGUGCUCACACUGUGAAAAGAGUUUCUCUCAGUCACAUGACCUGAAAAUUCACGAGAUAUUUCACACUGGAGAAAAACCUUACAAGUGCUCACACUGUGGAAAGAGUUUCACUCAAUCACAACACCUGAAAACACACGAGAGAAUUCACACUGGAGAAAAACCUUACAAGUGCUCACACUGUGGAAAGAGUUUCACUCAAACACAACACCUGAAAAAUCACGAGAGAUUUCACACUGGAGAAAAACCUUACAAGUGCUCACACUGUGGAAAGAGUUUCACUCGAUAUAAAUUUCAUCUUAAAACACACAUGAGAGUUCACACAGGAGAGAGCCCUUACACAUGCCAUCAGUGUGGAAAAAGUUUAACAUCUGUAGGCCAUUUUAAAGAUCAUCUCCACUGUCACUCUGGGGAAAGGCCAUUUGAAUGUGAUCAGUGUGGUAUAACAUUUGUUGUGGAUACAAACUUAAGAAAACACCUGAAAAAUCACACAAAUGAGAAGUCUUACAAGUGCUCACACUGUGGAAAGAGUUUCACUCGAUCACAUGACCUGAAAAUACACGAGAGAAUUCACACUGGAGAAAAACCUUACAAGUGCUCACACUGUGGAAAGAGUUUCACUCGAUCACAUGUCCUGAAAAUACACGAGAGAAUUCACACUGAAGAAAAACCGUACAAGUGCUCACAUUGUGGAAAGAGUUUCUCUCAGUCACAACACCUGAAAAAACAUGAGAGAAUUCACACUGGAGAAAAACCUUACACGUGCUCACACUGUGGAAAGAGUUUCACUCGAUCACAUGUCCUGAAAAUACACGAGAGAAUUCACACUGGAGAAAAACCUUACAAGUGCUCACAAUGUGGAAAGAGUUUCUCUCAGUCACAACACCUGAAAAAACAUGAGAGAAUUCACACUGGAGAAAAACCUUACAAGUGCUCACACUGUGGAAAGAGUUUCACUCGAUCACAUGACCUGAAAAUACACGAGAGAAUUCACACUGGAGAAAAACCUUACAAGUGCUCACACUGUGGAAAGAGUUUCACUCGAUCACAUGUCCUGAAAAUACACGAGAGAAUUCACACUGGAGAAAAACCUUACAAGCGCUCACACUGGAAAAACAUUGAUGUACUUGGCAGACGCUUUUAUCCAAAUUUUGCACAAACGCCUUACUACAGCCGCUCCUCCGUGUCUCUGGCCGCUCUGUGUCUGCGCUCGCUGCGGCUGCCUCCACUCCCCCUCCCUCUCAAACAUGACACCGGCUUUGAGUGUGACCGGCUGAUGAUUGGCUGUUCUACCUUAAGUCCCGCCUCUCUUGGUGUGUUAGAUUUAUCGGAAGUGCAGCUCGGUCUACGUCACUCCCAGGAUACAGUGCGAGCAGAGCCUGUCCUCACAGGAGAGCCAGGUCUGUCUGCGCCGGCCCGUCUCCACGGCCAGACUGUGCUCGCUGAGUCUGUACAUCGUCAGGGUUUUCCUGAGUUUCACAUCACUCACUGUGCUCAGUGUGAAUGUGUGUUUUGGUCCCUGAGAUCUGGAGCAUUUCUGAAACAUCAUGACUCUAGUUUUCUGGAGGUUGACGGUCAGGGCCCAGGACUGACAGUAAUCCUCCAGCAGAUCCAGGCUGUCCUGAAGCCCCUCUUUAGUGGGCUUACAGGAGAACCAGUAAAGCUGAUGGACUGCAGGAACUUGAUGAAGAUGAGAGGAGAAACCACUGCAGAGAAGCAACAGUGUGAUGAAGAUGAUAAUGACGUGAAGAAGUCUCUGGCUUCUGUCUGUAAAGUUGAGGAACAGCAGAUACCAGUGAAGAAUGAAGUGAAGCUGGAGGAGAUAAAUGAAGAAAACACAGCAGAGGAACAACAAAGAGAAGGAGAAGAUGAUGAUGAUGAUCAAACCUCCACAGAGUCUCUGACUUCUCUCUGUAAUGCUGGAGACCAGCAGAUGCUGCAGAUACCAUUGAAGAUGAAGAUGUGUUCAGUGAAGCUGCUGGACUGCAGGAACCUGAUGAAGAUGAGAGGAGAAUCCACAGCAGUGAAACAACAGAGAGAUGAUGAUGAUUUUAUUCCUUUUGACCUGAUGAAGGUGAACGGGGAUAUUCAAGAGCUGAAUGAAGUGGAUGAGAAAUUUCAGAAAGUUCAUAUUUUCAAAACUGGAGAAAAUUAUUUGAGUUGUUCAAAGACUAAAAAGAAUUGCCCAUCAAAAAAGUCUCCAAGAACUGCCAAAAAUACUUUCACCUGCUCUCAGUGUGGAAAACAUUUUACAUAUAAAUUUCAUCUUAAAACACACAUGAGAGUUCACACAGGAGAGAGACCUUACACAUGCCAUCAGUGUGGAAAAAGUUUAACAUCUGUAGGCCAUUUUAAAGAUCAUCUCCACUGUCACUCUGGGGAAAGGCCAUUUGAAUGUGAUCAGUGUGGUAUAACAUUUGUUGUGGAUACAAACUUAAGAAAACACCUGAAAACUCACACAAAUGAGAAGCCUUACAAGUGCUCACACUGUGGAAAGAGUUUCUCUCAGUCAAAAAACCUGAAAAUACAUGUGAGAAUUCACACUGGAGAAAAACCUUACAAGUGCUCACACUGUGGAAAGAGUUUCACUCACUCACAUAACAUGAAAACACAUGAGAGAAUUCACACUGGAGAAAAACCUUACAAGUGCUCACACUGUGGAAAGAGUUUCACUCACUCACAUAACAUGAAAACACACGAGAGAAUUCACACUGGAGAAAAAUCUUACAAGUGCUCACACUGUGGAAAGAGUUUGACUCGAUCACACGACCUGAAAAUACAUGAGAGAAUUCACACUGGAGAAAAACCUUACAAGUGCUCACACUGUGGAAAGAGUUUCAGUCAGACAGAACACCUGAAAAUACAUGAGAGAAUUCACACUGGAGAAAAACCUUACAAGUGCUCAUACUGUGGAAAGAGUUUCUCUCAGUCACCACACCUGAAAACACACGAGAGAAUACACAAUGGAGAAAAACCUUACAAGUGCUCACACUGUGGAAAGAGUUUGACUCGAUUACACGACCUGAAAAUACAUGAGAGAAUUCACACUGGAGAAAAACCUUACAAGUGCUCACAAUGUGGAAAGAGUUUCACAAACUCGCCAACCCUGAAAACACACGAGAGAAUUCACACUGGAGAAAAACCUUACAAGUGCUCAAACUGGAAAAACAUUGAUGUACUUGGCAGACGCUUUUAUCCAAAGUGACUUACAGUGCACACAGUGGUGGUGGCUGUGGGAAUCAAGCCAUCAACCUUCUGCUUACUAUUUCUGUGCUUUAGCCAACUACACGACCAUCGCGCCACAAACCCUGAAAAUACAUGACCCCCCCCAUCUGCUGGCAGGUCAUCCCUGUCUACCUGGAUGAGGGAGGGGACAAGGGGAAGGAAACCAAGUUUGUCUCACACUUUGAAAAGACUUUCACUCAGCCACAAAACCAAAAAAAUGUAUGAGAGAAUCCAUACCGGAGAGAAACCAUACCAAUGCUCUUCAUGUGGGAAGAAUUUCAGCCAAUUAAGUAAUCUACAUAAACAUGGACAGAUUUGCCUA